AUGGAUAUAAAUUGGGAUCACGAAUUAAGUGAAGUAAGCUGUAUUCAUUUAGGUGAAUGGAUAAUAAAUGAAUCUGAUAUUAUUUAUGAUACGACAACAACAGUUAAUGAUAAUAUGGCAAAUGAACCUAAAAAUAAUGAAGAACAAGGUUUACUUAAUGAUGAACAACUUAUUGAUGAAGAAGAAAAUCUUGAAUUAAUUAACGAUAGUUGGACAAAUGUCGUUGAGGAUGUUGUUGAUCCAACGGAACAACAAAAGUUAAUAAUCAAUGUUUUAACAAAAUGUCGUGCUAUUUCUAAAAUUGUUAAUAAAUCUUCUAUAAUAGCUGACUUUGUUCGUAAAGAGCAAAAAGCUUUAAAAUUAAAUAGAAGUGUUAAUAACGAUUGUCCAAGUCGAUGGAAUUCAACUUUCGUUUUAGCUGAUGCAUUAAUUGAAUUAAAAAUUGUUAUUAUUAAAUUAUUUAGUGAAAAAGAAUCAUUAGAUUUAGGUAAAGAACAAAUUAUUAAAUUAUCAUCUAUUGAAUUAAAUAAUGAAAAUUGGAAUUUAUUAUCAUCAUUACAGUAUGUACUGAAACCUUUCUUUUUUGCAACGAAUAUAAUGUCCGGAAAAAAUUAUCCUACCGUCGGCUUGUCUUAUUAUGCAAUUCACAAAAUUAAAUGGUUUUGUAACAAUAGUGAAAACUGUAAUGAACAAAUAAAAAGAUUAAAAAAGAUAUUACUUGAUAAAUUGAAUCAAUACUUUUAUUAUGAUGAUGAACAAUUACAACAAUUAAAAUGUUUUGCUUACUUUGAUCCAGCUGCACAUUUGUGCUUCAGUGAAAAAGAAAAACAUCAAAUAGAACGUUAUAUAAAAGAAUUAAUAACUGAUGACAUUUAUCCACUCGAUUUACCAUCAUCAACUAAUAAUUCAACAAAUUCAUCGACGAUUAUUAUAUCUUCAUCAGUACCAUCAAUAAUAACUGUUCAAACACCACAGCAACCAUUAGAAUAUGCUCGAUCAAAAUCACAUCCUUUUGAUGAAUUUGUCGCCGCGUGUGGCGAAGAAGACAAUAUGUUGGUUGGUAAUGUUAAAGAAAGAAGUAGACGUAUUUGUAUUAAUGAAGAAUUAAAACAAUUCAAGUUAGCUGUUGCACAAUUUAAUACAACUGUCAAACCAUCAUCAAAUUCAGCACUGCUAUUCUGGAAAACAAACAAAGACAGAUUGCUGUUAUUGUCCCAUUUAGCUAAAGUUCAUCUAAUAGCAUGUGCAACUAGUGUACCUACAGAAUCAGCAUUUUCAUCAUCCUCUUAUUUAGCACGAAAAGAAAGAAGUCGUAUUACCGGUCAGAAUUUAUCAUAUACAAUGUUUUUAAAAGAUAAAAUCUAA